AUGGAGAAGGGCUUGGGGGGCGGUCAGCACAGCUGCUGGCUGCCCUUGCUUCCGUCGCUGCCGCCGGGGGUGGAGCCGUGCCGGAAAGCGAAAGCGAAGGGCAGGAGGCGACGGCGUCCUACCGGCGGAGGGGUCUCACCGGCAGCGGGGGCUCAAGCAGGCGGCCGGGCCUCCGGCGGGGCCGUCCCGGCUGCCACCGUUCUUCCGCCAGCGCCGCGAAGAUGGACUCGCCCGGGGCAGCAUGGCUCAGGACACUCCUGUCCCCAGGAUUCCUUCAUCCAGUUUUCUCAGCCCGAGAGCCCGAAGGAGGAAAGCCCAGAGAAUGGAAGCCCGGAAGAGACCUCCGCGCACGUCCGGCAGGAGAUCCAGCGCUGCAAGGAGCUUUGUGCUGCUCUGGAGCAAGACCGCGUGAACCUACAGAUGGCCAAGGAAGCUGUAGAGCAAAAGACACAAGAGCUGAGGGAAGGAGAGCUUUGUAAAAACCUUAAGCAAGAAAUACCUUUACGCAUUCAUGUUUCUCUCCAGGUGGCCAUUUUCCUCUCAGAGAAGGAGUGGAGCAGACUGAAGCAUGACAAGCAGGUGCUGAAACAGAAGGUGGAAGGAGUGAAGAAGAGGCUCCUCUGGGAGGAUCCAGCAAGGGUGCUGCCAGCCUUGCCAGAGAGGAGCAUGGUGUUUAAGGGACUUGUGACAAGCAAGGAGGACACAAACAAGCUGAUGCUGAUCCCAAAGAUCCACUACCCUCUGCUGGGUGGCUCAGCCCUUAUCACCUUUGAGAAGGCAGAGGUGGCCCAGAGGAUCCUAGAGAUGAAGGAACAUGUGGUGGAGCUGAGCUGCGGGGAGGAGCUGGAUUGGUGCAGGGUGCGAGUGCGAGCAGUGCCCGUGGAUUUACUGAUGCCCUCUGCCCUGGAGAUGGGGCUGACUCUGAGCAGCAGGAGUAUGCUCGUGUCUGGCCUGCCCAGCCUGGGCAUCCCUGAGGACGCACUGCUGGACAAGCUGGAGCUCUUCUUCAGCAAGACAAAGAAUGGGGGUGGUGAGGUGGAGACCAUAGAGUUCCUGGACGAUUCUGACCGGGUUAUGGUGACCUUUGCAGAGGACGGAGUGGCAGAGCAGCUAAUUGAGAGAGGACACAUCCAGGUGCUUCUUGGGAAGGGAAAAUACGAGGUCAAAAUAUCACCAUGCAUGAGCGGAGGUAUCACCAACCUGCAGCUCCAUCCCUCCCGCUGCCCCCGGACGGUCCUGCUCACGGGGAUCCCAGAUGUGCUGAACGAGGAGUCCAUGAGGGACGCCCUGGAGAUCCACUUCCAGAAGGGCAGCCGUGGUGGGGGAGAGGUGGACGCCCUGGACUACAUCCCGGCGGGACAAGUGGGGGUGGCUGUUUUCACGGAGGAUGCAGACUAGCCCUGGCCAAGCCCUGGCCAGCCCGGGGCGGCGGCGUUUGGCGUGGCCGCUGGCACAACAGAAUUAAAGUAUCUG